AUGCCAUUGACGCAAUUUCGCACUGCCGCCGUGCGUCUGCAGUUCCGCGCCUUGCGACAGCAAACGCAACUCCGAGCGCAUUCAACAUCUACAAAUGCCAACAAGACUGCAGAAUCAGCCACGGCAAAGACGCCAACCGCUUCUGCCACCCCAUCCCCAUCUCUGCCACCCAUCUGGCAGCGUUUGGGGCCUCUGACUACAGCCGCUAAUGCAUACAGUCGAUCGCAGCGAAAACGGCCGUAUACUACGCAAAUUGUAGGCGCCGUCGUCAUUUAUCUCUUUGCCGAUCUGAGUGCUCAGCGUAUCGGAGGAAGGGAAUACGAACCCAAGAGGACAGCGAGGAUGCUUCUCAUAGGAUUCGCCGCUGCCGUUCCGUAUUUUCACUGGUUCCGCUUCCUAAGUAGAAACUUCAACUACGCAUCCAAAACCCUCUCCAUAGCUACCAAGGUCGCCCUGAACCAGCUCUGCUUCACGCCCACCUUUAGCACGUACUUCUUUGGUGCCCAAGCCCUCCUGUCCGGGGAAUCCUUGGAAGCAACCGUCCAGCGGAUUUGGGAUACCGUCCCCACCAGCUGGCUCAACUCGUUCAAGGUGUGGCCUGCGACUGUCGCCUUCUCCAUGGCCUUCCUGCCGUUUGAGUUUCGAAGCAUUUUCGCCGGCGUUGUGGCCGUCGGGUGGCAGACGUACCUGAGCUAUCUUAAUAGACAAGCUGAGCUGCUGGAGGAGGCUAGGAAGUUGGUCAAGGGGACAGCAGACGCAGGGAGCAUAGUCGUAGCGGCCAUUCGAGAGCGUCAGGAGCAGCAGGCUCCGUCGGCAGCGUAA